CCUCUCUGGCAGGGACCCUCCGUCCUGUCCGUCGAAGCUACUAUGACCCAGCCUCAGCACCUGGGAAAGGUGUGGUCUGGGAAUGGGAGAAUGACAAUGGCUCUUGGACCCCUUACGACAUGGAGGUAGGCAUCACCAUCCAGCAUGCCUACGAGAAGCAGCACCCCUGGAUUGACCUCACCUCCAUUGGCUUCUGCUACGUCAUUGACUUUGGCACAAUGAGUCAGAUCAACAGGCAGACCCAGCGUAAACGUCACAUCCGACACCGCCUUGACCUCAUCUACCCCAUGGUCACAGGCACGUUACCCAAGUCUCAGUCCUGGCCGGUCAGUCAGGGCACGGCCAGCUCCCCCCCAGGCCCUCCGUGCUCCUGCCCACAGUGCCUCUUGGUAAUGAGCGUCAAGGCAGCAGCUGGGGCAAAUGGUGGCAUGGGGCUGCUACCACCCAUGCCUGCCCGGAAAAACAUGCCUACCCCUAGUGGGACCAAGUUGCCCCCACCUCCGGGUGCUGGGCUCAAGCCUCUGGAUGGCAUGGGCACCAUUCGGGGGCCGGGGAAGACGAUGACCUCACAGGUGAACCGGAGGCAGGCGAGUAGCACGCCGGCCCUGAGCUCCUCAGCCUCCCCAGCCAGCCCCCCAGGGGCCACCAGCAAGAACGGGCGGGUAGCUCUGGCGACCCUGAACCGAACCAAUCUGCAGCGUCUGGCCAUCGCCCAGUCCAGAGUACUGAUUGCUUCUGGUGUCCCCACUGUCCCAGUGAAAAACCUCAAUGGGUCCAGUCCUGUGAAUCCUGCCUUAGCAGGAAUCACAGGAAUCCUCAUGAGCGCUGCAGGAUUGCCCGUGUGCCUCACCCGGCCUCCUAAGCUGGUCCUGCACCCUCCUCCUGUCAGCAAGAGUGAAAUCAAGUCUAUCCCAGGGGUCUCCAACACAAGCCGCAAGACCACGAAAAAACAGGCCAAGAAAGGGAAGACUCCAGAAGAAGUACUGAAAAAGUACCUGCAGAAAGUGCGCCACCCCCCAGAUGAGGAUUGCACCAUCUGCAUGGAACGCCUUGCAGCACCAUCAGGUUAUAAGGGCCCCCAGCCAACAGUCAAGCCAGACCUGGUGGGGAAGCUGUCCGAGUGUGGUCACAUCUAUCACCUGCAUUGCCUGGUUGCCAUGUACAAUAAUGGAAACAAGGAUGGAAGUUUGCAAUGUCCAACCUGCAAAACCAUUUAUGGUGUCAAGACAGGGACCCAGCCCCCUGGGAAGAUGGAGUAUCACCUCAUCCCCCACUCCCUGCCUGGGCACCCAGACUGCAAAACCAUCCGGAUAAUCUACAAUAUCCCCCCAGGGAUUCAGGGACCAGAACACCCGAAUCCUGGGAAGAGCUUCACCGCCCGUGGCUUCCCUCGACAUUGUUACCUCCCAGAUAGUGAGAAAGGGAGGAAGGUGCUGAAGUUGUUGCUGGUUGCCUGGGAUCGGCGACUGAUCUUUGCCGUGGGCACCUCCAGCACCACAGGCGAGUCUGACACCGUCAUCUGGAAUGAAGUCCACCACAAGACGGAGUUUGGCUCCAACCUCACGGGCCACGGCUACCCAGAUGCCAAUUACCUGGACAACGUGCUGGCUGAGCUGGCCGCCCAGGGCAUCGCCGAGGACAGCGCUGCCCUCGAGAAGGACUGAUACCCCAAGGAAGCGUGAUAGGGGGAGGGCUGGCCGAACACCAUGGGGCGGGGAGUCGAGGGAGUGUCCCUCUCCCUUUGCCUCACCUUCCACCCUUGCAAGUGACAGCCCUAUUUAUAGGCUAUGUCAUUCAUAAACCUCAUCGGAUACAAGAGGGAACAUGGGACAGAGAAUCCCACUCACCAUGUUCUCCACGAGACUAUAGUCCUGGGGGGCAAGGAAUCCCCCUAGUGGGGAACUUGGCCAGCACGCUGGCUAAAAGAGGUGUGGCGAUCACUCCACACCCUGGGCCUUGCGAAGUUAGAUGCUCCAUCCUCUUGGAGCCUCUCCAUGGUGUUUACACUCUGCUUCAAGAGCAGAGUUUCAGCUCCCUCCUCUCUUAAGGGAAGGGAGCAGGGCCCUCACUGU